AUGCCAACAGCACGAGUUACGCAGUUACCAGGUUUCUCGGCCACACUACGACCUUCUCCAACAACAUCUUGGGCAAGAACGUCAGCACGAUCGUCAGCAGCAGCGGCAGCAUAUUUCUUCCCACAACAUCGAACAUUCUCGCAACAACUCAAACUCGAAAAUGGCAUCACGAUCCUCUCCCAGGGCUUCGGCCUUUGCGGCGUUCCUGAAACCCUGCUUGACGCUAUCCGUGCCGCCAACCUACGAGACUUGACCGUCGUCUCCAACAACGCCGGCGCCCGCGACAAAGGUCUUGCCAAGCUCUCCGAGACUGGACAGAUCUCAAAGAUGAUCGGCUCGUUCAUUGGCACUAACAAGCCGUUGGUCAAGUCCUUCCUCGCGGGUAAAGUCUCCGUUGAGCUGUGCCCACAAGGAACUAUCGUUGAACGUUUGAGAGCAGCUGGCGCCGGCAUCCCGGCAUUCUUCACACGAACGGGCGUCAACACGCACGUCCAAACCGGGGAGAUCCCCGCUCGGUACGACUCGAAUGGCGCCAUCAUCCAAUAUGCACCUGCCCGCGAAACCCGCGUCUUCGAGGACGACAAAAUGUAUCUGAUGGAGCGCGCACUGCACGGAGACGUAGCAAUCCUGCGCGCAUGGAAGGUCGAUCGGGCUGGUAACUGCAUCUUUCGGUCCACCACGCGCAACUACGCUACCGUGAUGGCUAAAGCAGCGAAGCUUACGAUCGUGGAGGCCGAAGAGAUUGUCGAAAUCGGCCAAUUCGACCCAGACCAAGUGCACCUACCAGGCAUCUUCGUCGAUCGCGUCGUCCCCGCGACGGCGGAGAAGCAUAUUGAGAUCUUGAAAGUCGACCAGGGAUCCGCAUCAUCCUCCUCUUCCAGCUCCUCCAACGGCACUGAACAAAGCGAAGACGAACGCAAACGCAUCCUCAUCGCAAAACGCGCCGCCAAAGAACUCAAAGACGGCUCCUACGUUAAUCUAGGCGUCGGCAUCCCCACCCUCGCCCCCUCCUACCUUCCCGAGGGCGUUAACGUGACACUGCACUCCGAGAACGGCAUCCUUGGAAUGGGCCCUUAUCCCGCUUCUGCUGAACAAGCAGAUCCAGACACCGUUAACGCGGGCAAGGAAACUGUCACACUCUACCCUGGCGCAGCUGUGUUCGACACAAGCGACAGUUUCGCAAUGAUCCGCGGCGGACACAUCGACGUCUCCAUCUUGGGCGCCCUCCAGGUCUCCGCUUCCGGCGACUUGGCCAACUACAUGGUGCCCGGCAAAGUGUUCAAUGGAAUGGGCGGCGCGAUGGAUCUGGUCUCGAACCCAGACGAGACGAAAGUAGUCGUGGCGACGUAUCACACGGACAAAAAUGGAAGGAGCAAGAUUGUGGAGAGCUGUGACCUACCAUUGACUGGGAGGGGGGUGGUGAGUACCAUCAUAACGGAGCUGUGUGUUUUCGAGGUAGACAGGAAAGGAGCUGGGUUGACACUGACCGAGCUAAGUGAGGGGGUGAGUGUGGAGGACGUACGGCGGUGUACGGAGGCCAAGUUCAAGGUCAAGGAGGGGUUGGGAACGAUGUGA